UUUAUUGAUCAUUGUCAGUAGCAUCCACACUUAGCCCUAGCCUAGCCUAGCAUCUCACCCGUAGGACUAGAACACAUGUGAAAUCCCUUCAAACUAUGAUCCUCUACACGUAGAAAUACACUUUCACAUUCCUAUUUUUAUGUUAUGGGAUGGUAGUUAGAUCUCGAAGAUGUUUCCAGUUGAGCGCAUUCUUCAAGUUUGUCCUUUUCUUCAGUUUCACAAUAGUCUAUUGCUACUUUGCCUACAUUACACUACCCUCUACCAAACCGACCAGACCAACGAUCACGUUCGCCACACGAAACAGGACUAAACAUGUGAAGGAGCAAGACAGAUAUGAUUGGACACUGGUAGAGCGAGAUUUGAACGAUCGUCGCCUCACACUUCAGGAGGCGUGCCUUAAUGCGUGGCCCCGACUACCACCAAACGCCUGGGAGUUUGUGAUUGAUGCUCACCAUAACCUCGUCUGGUGCAAUGUGUUUAAAGCUGCGAGCUCCUCUUGGAUGCACAACUUCAACCUUCUCGGAGGAUUCGCUGAGAACUUUCUCAGAGUUUCGCACAAGAACCCGAUAACUCUGAUGAGGUCUCGGUUCCCUCGACCCUCCGUGUCACAGCUGCUUGCGUCAUGGCCGACCUCACUGUCGUUCCUCAUCGCACGAGACCCCCUUCACCGACUGUUGUCUGCGUAUCGCAACAAGAUCGAACGAGUUCACUCCCAGUACUACAAGCGACUUGCAAGAGCAAUCAUUGUUAGAUUCAGAGGCAAACUUCCUAAGGAGGAUCACAUUGGACCAACAUUUGAGGAGUUUGUUCGCUACGUUACCGAGUCACACGGCCGUGCGGAUGAACAUUGGGCUCCGAUCUACCAGUUUUGUACUCCCUGUUCCCUAAACUUCACUGUUAUUGCCAAGAUGGAGACUCUUUCUCGAGACCAACAAUACAUAAUCAACAAGGCAGGCAUAUCGGACAUCCUGACGCCCGGGAGGAUGCAAGCGCAGAACCGAGCGAACGAGGGACCUCGCACGUCGGAACUUGUAGCAAAGUACUAUAGCAAGCUGAACAGAGAGCUGGUACAUAGGCUGGUCCACAUGUACACAAUGGACUUCGAAAUGUUCGGCUACAACUCCAGCCAGUAUUACGACAUGGUCUGAUAAAACUGGAUUUCACCCUGAAGUAGACAUCCCAUCUUAAUGGACCUGCUGUAGCCAAGUUUUACUUUCUUCCCCUACAGCAUAUUGUUUUUGUAAACAUUUUUGAGUUUGAGUUUUGGGUGGAUAUAUCCAUUUUAGGUCCCCCUGAAGCCAAAAAAGCGGUUUUUGGGGUGAUAUAUUUGGUCUGUCUGUGUGGAUGUGUACAGAGGUACAUAUCACACCUUUGGGUAUAAUUUUAAUUUAGAUUUUUAAUGGCAAUUUUCCCAAACAAACACAUAAAACAACGGAAAAAUCUGAAAAAUAUGAUAAUAAACGUAAAUCAAAUAAAAUAAAAGAAAAAUAUAUGGUAUAUCAUUUUAAAAUUUAUUUUAAGUUUGCAUUUUGUGGACAAUAUCUACAUUGACAACUAAAUGGGUAUUGAAAAAAAAUAUUCAAGGAAGGGUAAAUGAGCUAAAUGUAUUUGAGAAUCGUAGACAAAAUGUUCAACCUAGAGAAUGUGAAAACAGUAAAAUUUAAUUUAAAAAUAAUUAGUUAAGGUAGGCUACAUUUUAUAAUAUGAUUUGUAUAAUUUUUAAUCGCAUAUUCUUACAUUGGUUUAGAAUACAGUAUUUUUGUAGGCCUACUUUGAAAACUGUUAAGUCAAUUAUAUACUACUCCUCAAUUAAUUACUAUGUUAAUGUUAGCAAUUUAUUCAUAUUUAUAUAGUUUUAGUAAGAAUUCACAAGUUUGAUUUUUAGAAUCAUGAAGUUGAUUUUUAACAAUUAAUGCACAUAAGUGUAUUCGUGCAAGCACAAACAAAAGAAGAUUGCAGAAUUGAUGACGUAAAAUCAUUACUUGAUUCAAGCCAAAGAUCUUUAAAGAUUUUGAUUUAAAGGUCUGUGAUCUAUAGCACAACGGUAAUAAUUAAUUGAACGUGUUAUUAAGCAAUAAUUUGAAAACAAUUUGUUUUCGACUGUACUUUUGUCAAUUUAAUUUAGCAAGUAUAUAGGAAGGAAAAACUUACUACCAUUUACUAUUAUUAAUUUAAACUUACAGAACCCCCCCCCCCCCCACCAAUUUAAGAGACUAUACCAACAACCAAAUGGAACACAACAAAAAAACAGAUUGUCAAAGGAACAUAAAUGAGAGUACGAAACGAAAAGUAAAAUAUAACAGUUAAAAAGGCAAUAAACCCAUUUAUCGUGAUGUAAAUUAAGUGUAACCAUAUUUAUAAUUUAAAUACAACAACACUGGCGACUUUGAAUUGUAACAGAAGCACAGCAAGCGUUUGGAAGUGGUUGAAAAUUAUGAGAAUCAAUAAUUCCUCGGAAAAGGGGGUUCUGGUAAAGGCCUACCAGUUGUUUAUAUUAUUAAUCUCUUGAUAUUGUUAGAAUACUGUAGUAGUAACCAAAUAUUGUUGUUUAGCAAAUAAGAUAAACAUUAUUGUUGUGUUGAUGUCCAUUUUUAUAUAGACAUAGUUAAGUAACAAUGUAAACACAUUCAAAUGACUCCAUAGAAUAGUCUCGCUCCAUUUUGCACACACAAAUGCCUUGCAAUUCAAUGUUAAUUAAUUAUGGCUGUGAUUACGUUAAAUAGGCUUAUGGAUGGUGACGUAAGAUCAAUUUAUUAAGGUCAUCGUUUGAUAUAAAAUAGUUUUUUUUUUAUUUAAUUUAUAUUGUACAUUGUUAAAAAAUAGGACACAAUUUUAAUGCUAAGGGUUUUGUUUGUUAUAAUUUUUAUAUGGUUAUUAUAAAUUAUAAAAAGUGUAUAAAAAUAGGUAAAUGAAAAGCCUUAAUGUACAACUAUCAAAUUGUUAUAUAAGCAGAAAACAGGUUACCCGGGAGGCUUGUAAUAGUGUUAUAUUUUGGAUAACAUGUUUGUUAAAUAAUUGUUAGAAACUAAACAAUAUUUAUCCAACAAUUCAAAUUUUAGAAAUAUAAGUUAUUCUUUGACGGAAUGUUUAAAUAGUUACUGAUUUCCUAAAAACUUCUGCAGUUUCACUUUUUUACUAAAAACAUUGCUCAUAACAACUUCUAAAAGUAUUUACAACAAGUCUUUAUGAGUGAGGACAAGGGCCGGAUUUAGCGUUUUAACUUUUAAUGCUCCAACAAUUUUUCCGCCCCUAAAUCUAGUUAAAUUUACUUUCCUACAAACCUUUAUUAAAAACUGUACUAGUAUCAGGCUAAUGCAAUUUUAUCAUUGUAAGCUUUUUGAAGAAUUUACUUGGUUCUGGCCUUUACAAAAUGCCGUCUUACAGAUAACGAAAAAUAUUUAGGCUGUUAUAAUACAAUACAUGGUAAGACUGCUGUAGUAAUAUUUUUCUUUCACUUAUUUUAACAAAUCAAAGGUUGAUUUGUACUAACAUUACUCAAAAAAUUCAACUUUUUAGUUAUUUUACACUAAAUAUUAUUGUGAAAUAUUAAUUUUUAAUUAAUUUGUUAUCAAUGGGUAAUUAAAGAUAGUUUACGUAUAUUGUGACAAAGAGUAUGGUUAGAUUUAUUAAAACUAUUUAAAGAAUAAGACAAAUUCACUUAUAUGCUUUUCAAUUUUGUUUUAUUAUAAUAGGCCUAU